AUGAAAAUCCUCUGCAGGGAUUUUGUUCGUGAUGGACCAGGAAGCGUUAAACUGAUGGCAGAGGACUCUGAUGAUCUCUGGUUUAUUUAUAACUUAAUUGGCCCUGGCGAUAGCGUAAUGGCUAUCACAUCGAGAAAGGUUCUGAAAGGGAGAAGAAAUUCUAAACGUCUCGACUCAAAACGUGAAGACUCUGAUCAACGAGUUGACUCUAUACUUGUAGGCGCUAAAAAACGUGUAGAGCCUAUAAGUUUAGACGAUGAACUUGACGACACUAAACCUGUAGAGUCCGAACGUCUAACACUGAAGCUAGAAGUGCAAGUUGAGGAGGUAAGCUAUGACAAAGACGGUGCAGUUUUGCGCAUACGUGGGACGAAUAUCCUUGAGAACGAGCACGUACCGCUUGGUGCAUACCAUACUCUGGAGCUCGUGCUGAAACGACGUUUUCUAUUGAGAAAACAAAUAUGGGACUUAUUGGCUAUUGAUACACUCAACCAGGCAAAACAUCAGAAUCCAAGUUCUGAUUUAGCUGUAGUUCUAAUGCAAGAAGGACAUGCACAAAUCUUCCUUGUCGGCAAAAGUGUUGGUGCACCAAUAGAAACAUCAAUUCCUAAUCGUAAGCAUGCUGGUUACGAGCCUGCGCUGAAGAAAUUCUUUGAGAACGUUGUGCGUGCCUUUGUGAAACACGUUGACUUCAGUGUCGUUAGGUGUGUAGUGAUCGCAAGUCCUGGCUUUACAAAGGAUCAGUUUCAUCGCCACUUGUUGUUGGAAGCAGAGAGAAGACAGCUAAGACCUAUCACUGAGAACAAAUCACGUAUACUUCUGGUGCACGCAAACUCCGGAUAUAGACAUAGCCUUGGAGAGGUUCUGAGUGACCCCAAAGUGAUGAAGAUGAUCCAAGAUACAAAAGCAUCAAAAGAGGUGAACGCGCUGAGGGAUUUCUUCACCAUGUUUGAUAAGGAUCCAUAUCGGGCAUGCUACGGACCGAAGCAUGUGGAGUUUGCUCAUGAACAAAAGGCAAUCCAAACACUUCUUAUUACAGAUGAGCUGUUCAAAAACUCUGACGUGAAGAAAAGGAAGAAGUAUGUGGAUUUUGUGGAGUCGGUGAAAGAAUUAGGAGGAGAGGCUUUUAUAUUUUCUUCGAUGCAUGUUUCAGGUGAACAAUUGGCAAUGCAUACUGGAAUUGCAGCUCUUCUCAGGUUCCCUUUACCAGAUCUCGAUGACGUUGAGAUGUAA